AUGGCGACCUUCAACGACGCGAAGUCCCCUCUGCCAGCGGAUGAACCCGGCCAACCUCCCAGCCUUAGCACCAGCACCCUACCCCAGAAAACACCCUCGCAGAGCACUGAGCAGCGUAUUACGCCCUUCGAAGUCUCCGGUGGUGUGGACGGCAGCGGAAAAUUACUCCCGGUUGACUAUGAGAAACUCACCAGGGAAUUCGGCGCGACGCCAAUCACACCCCAACUACUAGAAAGAUUUGAGAAAGUUACAGGGAAGAAGGCACAUAGAUUUAUGCGGAGAGGGAUUGUUUUCUCACACCGAGAACUGGAAAAGAUCCUGGACCGAUAUGAAAAAGGAGAGCCCUUCUAUCUCUAUACUGGCCGAGGGCCUAGCAGCGACCACAUGCAUGUUGGGCAUUCCGUCCCUUUCGAGUUCACAAAGUACCUUCAAGAUGUCUUUGACUGCCCACUAGUCAUCAUGUUGACAGACGAUGAGAAAUUCAUGCACUCGCAAAAGAUCACGAUUGAAGACUCGAAGCGUUACGCCAAAGAAAACGCAAAAGACAUCAUUGGGAUCGGCUUCGACCCGGCCAAAACAUUCAUAUUUUCCGACUUCGGCUACAUGGGCGGGGCAUUUUACGAGAAUGUAUGUGCGAUGGCUAAACGGAUCACGAUCAAUCAGAUUAAAGGCACCUUCGGCUUCAACGACAGCAACAACAUUGGCGAAUUCCAUUUUUGUGCCACACAAUCUGCGACCGCGUUUGCGACAUCCUUCCCCCAUAUUUUCGGCGACAACCUUUCGAAAGUCCGCUCGAUCCCGUGCUUAAUCCCUUGUGCCAUUGACCAAGACCCGUAUUUCCGCCAAUGUCGCGACAAUGCAGAGAAGAUGAAAUUCAAAAAGCCUUCGUUGAUUCAUUCUAUUUUCCUUCCCGCCCUGCAAGGACCCGGGUCCAAGAUGUCUGCAAGCAUUGACUCGUCGGCCAUCUUCCUCACGGACACCCCGAAUCAGAUUAAGAAUAAGAUCAACCGCUAUGCCUUCUCUGGAGGACAAGACACCGCUGAGAAGCAACGUGAACUAGGGGGUAAUACGAAAGUGGACGUUCCAUUCCAGUACCUGACAUUUUUCAUGGAAGAUGAUGAGGAAUUGGCUCGAAUCAAGAACGCAUACGAAUCCGGUGAGAUGAUGACGGGCGAGAUCAAGCAAAUCUGCAUCAAAUAUUUGCAAGAGUAUGUCGCUGCUUUUCAGACGCGGAGAAAAGCAGUUACCGAGGAGGUCCGGGACGAGUUUUUCAAGCUGAAACCGCUGGUGUACAAGGGAAAUCCGCACCCCGUCAAAGUUGAAAAGAAGGAUGGCUCUACUGAAAAGAAAGGGGAAAGGAAGAAAGAAAAGGAAGUCGCAAAACACGAGAGUCAGGAGGGGUCGGAUAAAGCUCCCAAUGGAGAGGUCGUGGGGCACUUUAAGAAAAUGAGUAUUAGUAAGGCCGAAUGA